AGGUCCAUCAGGUAUAGGAUUAUCAUUUGUAUGUCUCAGCAGGUGAGAGGGGGAGAUAAGCUGCCUGAACAGCAGCAGCAGCCUUUAUAUUAUUGCCUCCUCCUCCAGGUAGACUAUUAAUCUCCUUAUAGACAGCACAAGUCUUUACCAGUAUCCCUUGGGAGCAUUUCCUGGCCAUUAGAAACAGGUUAGAAUACAGCGAAGUUCUGUCAAGUCACGGACCAAAAAGAUAACAUAUAUUCGCAGUAAAUGCUGGGACUGCAGGUACAAGGAGCGUAUUGGCCUGCCGCACGCAAGCUUUAUUGUGAUACUAGGGAAUAUGCAUUAUGAAUUCAUGGAAGGUGGUUGUUAAACAAUGCCUUCUUGUUUUAUGUUUGAUGAUAUCUUUAUGCAGGUUGUCUUCAUAAUCUGCACUGCCUAUCCAUUGGUCUGGCACAGGGCCUGAAAAAAAAACCCAAACAGGCAGCCAUUGUCAGAGGAUAUGAUGAUUCACCAAGUCAUUUACCUGUCCAUAUUUUUGGCACAUGCGACCAAUUGUUAAAUGCCCUUUAGAAGCACAAAAGAUGUUGCAGGGGGCUUGUAUUACCAGUUUGAAGCAAGUUUGAGUUUAAUGGUUGUAGAACAUUCAAACCUCUUCGGCAUUGAAGGCGGAGGUAAAGCACAUUAAAGCCAAGGUGUAGUGUGGGUAGAAAUGUCAAGCAUUAGGCCAGUGCUGCCAGGAAUUAAUUCUUGAAGAGACGGCUAAGUUUGCAAGAGCACAGUAGUGCACUAUCAUCCAGGAGAAUGAAAAGAGCAGGGGUUGCCCUUGGGAAUGGAUUAACCUUCUCCUGCAUUGGAUUACCAGCAACUCAGAAGGGGAUACCUACACCUUGCAAGCUCAAGAAAAAAAUGAAUUCACAAACACGUGAACCCGAUCCUGAUGCGAUCAAAAUGUUUGUUGGCCAGGUGCCAAGGUCCAUGGACGAGGAUGAUCUGAAACAAAUGUUCUCAGAGUUUGGUGAAGUCCAUUCAUUGAACGUGCUACGAGACAAAGCAACAGGACAGAGCAAAGGUUGUUGUUUUGUGACAUUUUUCACAAGGAAGGCAGCGCUAGAAGCUCAAAAUGCUUUACACAAUAUCAAAACAAUGCCAGGGAUGCAUCAUCCUAUACAGAUGAAACCUGCAGACAGUGAAAAAAGAAAUGUUGAAGAAAGAAAACUGUUUAUUGGUAUGGUAGCAAAGAAAUUGAAUGAAAAUGACAUCAGGAUGAUGUUUUCUCCAUUUGGUCAGAUAGAAGAGUGUACAGUUCUCAGGGAUCAGAAUGGACAGAGCAGAGGUUGUGCAUUUAUAACAUUUGUAUCCAGACAGUGUGCCCAGAACGCAAUCAAGGCCAUGCAUCAUUCACAGACAAUGGAGGGCUGCUCUGCUCCAUUAGUUGUCAAGUUUGCAGACACGGCCAGAGAAAAAGAACAGAAGAAACUACAACAGAUUAACGCCACAUUACUCAGCAGUUUAGCAAACCUAUCAAAUCUUAGUGCAUUAGGACCACAGUAUUUAUCGCUCUUACAGAAUGCUGCAGCAUCUGGGAACCUCAGCAACCUGGGGAAUCUCAGUAAUUUAGGUGGUCUUAAUGCGAUGUCUCUCCAGCAGCUUCUAGGUGCGGCAGCUCUUGCCAGCGCAUCACAAAAUAACUCAGGCCUAGGAGCUAUGGCCUCCAAUCUUGCUUCCUCUGCGCAGACUGGCAAUCUGAUGGCGGCCUCUAGUAAUGUUAACAAUAUGGCGGGAACUCCCGGGACUUCCAACAACACUGGUAAUACAACAGGAGCUAUUCCUGCUACAGGUGAUACUUCAAACUUGUCCAACCUUCAGAAUUUGCAGGGUUUAGCGGCACUGGCUGCAGCCUCCAAUCCAGCGCUGAAUCUGUCUGCCCUGAGUCAGCUUGCGGCUGCUGGUGCUAAUCAAACAAAUAAUACUUCAUCAGGCAUGACGGGAAUGAAUGGGAAUCAUGCAGGCUCAAGUAAUGGUCUUCAGUCAUCAGGGUGGAAUAUGGGCACACAAGAAGCUGCUUUAAUGGCACAGUUGAACAGACCAGUAGCUGGGAGUGGCUCCAUAGGUGUCAGCAGUAACCCCAACACCACUCUCACUGGGAUGCCUACCAUGACAACAGGCAACAGUUUCAGCAGCAUGCAGUCUGCGCUCAACUCCACUGCCAACUCCGCUGCUGCUGCUGCCACCAACAUGAACGGUUAUGGCAACAGCACUGCCGCCAUGACAGCCAGCCAGCCUGGUGGCAUGGACGCCCUGUCCCAGGCAUAUUCAGGGAUCCAGCAGUAUGCAGGUUUGUCGGGUUUACUCAAUCAAGCCACGUUUCCGAAUGCCUUCAACACACAAGCUGCUUCAGCAAUGCUUCAAGCAGCCAUGAACACGCCAGCGGGGAAACAGACAGAAGGUAAACAGACCAACGGACCUGAGGGUGCCAAUUUGUUCAUAUACCAUUUGCCACAGGAGUUCACUGACCAUGAUCUGAUGCAGACAUUCAUGCCAUUUGGAAGUGUGGUCUCUGCCAAAGUCUUCAUUGACAAACAUACAAAUCUUAGUAAAUGUUUUGGUUUUGUCAGUUUUGACAACCCUGUCUCAGCUCAAGCAGCCAUAACAGCUAUGAAUGGGUUUCAAAUUGGAAUGAAACGGCUCAAAGUGCAGUUAAAACGUCCCAAGAAUGACAGUAAACCUUACUAAAUUGGAAUUAACAGAGGUAUUUUUCUACAGAGAUUACACGUGGCGUGACGUCUGUAUCCCGUGUCAGCGUGGCGUCUUCAUGUCCCUUCUCACACUUUUCCUGUCAGUCCGUCACGUACGCGUGCUCCGUGUGGGCCAACAUCUAAAUUAACGCUACAGCUGCUGCUGUCACUCCUUACUGCCAAGACUGCCUUGCGGAGCAAAGGGUAACUUAGCCAGGUACUGUCACUAAUCAGUUUAACAAGACACCUCUGCCGUGCCCAGUCUUAAAUGAGCACAACAGGGUGUAAAUGGCAUUUAUGCCCUCUUCUGAUGAUUAUUCUGAAGGCUGAGAGUCUUAUUUUACAAGGACAGGCCUGUCUUAAAGAGGACGCAAAGGUUUUAGAGACAACACAGGACACUUUUCGUUCCAUGGAUAUUUGUAACAAAUAUUGUUAUUGUAUGGCGUUUUUUGAAAAAAAAAAUCGCAGUCAUUUUAAGUUGGUUUUAGUCACUUUUUCUCAUCUUAUUAACUGUUGUUAUUUCUUUGAUGUUAAACUGUGUUAUGUUAGUGUCCAUUGUGGUUGUACCCCGCAGUGUAAAUAGGAAGCAGGCAAAGCUUUCUUUAGCAGCCAGUUUGCUUUGAUUUGUUUUAUCUUGAAAAUUUAAUAUUUGUUUACAUAUUAAUAGGUGAGUUUACUAGUUUGAUCUUUUUUGUGCUUGUGUUUCAUAUCAGUGUAAAUCAGCAAUCAGUUGAUGUUGAUGAUAUGGUUACUGGGUAAUAUUGUAUUAUUUAUGUGUGCUGUGUAACUGAAAUCAUGGAAGUAACUUCUUGGAUGUUUUAAGUGUGAUCUACACAGUUGCUCAACAGCAGCUCUUUCUGUGUUGAUGUUUGUUCUAGGUAGCAUUGUGCUGUGAAACAUGUUUUACUUCAAGUGAAAUGUUAUGUCAGUUUGCUGGCUGACAGGAGAGGAACAAGGUACCCCACACAGCCACUAGAUGGAACCACCAGUAUACACAGUCCCAAGAUGGGCAACUUAGUCAUUUUAUUUUUUAAGAUCCAGUGAUAUUCAAAGGGUAAAAUAAGUAAAAAAAGGAAAACAGUUUUUUUUUUUAUGAUCUCAGCAAUAGGUGCAAUUUUGUAGCAGAAGAAAGUAUUAUUUCGUUUUAACCUGUUUUGAUUUUUACCUCUUAUACAAUGUUAAGUAUAUUUUUAUUAAUUUCAUUUUCAAAGUAUUUCUCCAUGGAGUAUGGAUAAUUUUCAGUUUGGUAGUUUACCUGUUCCUCUCUCUGUCCGGCAAGGUUCCCAGUUAAUGGUCAUCUAAACAAACUGGACCAGGUCCAGCCAAGUGUGAAUGACAAGGUGUGUUGUUUUUAAUUGGACAAACAUGUUGGACAUGUUACAGACAUGAUUAAUUUAAUUACAAGAAAAUUUAUAAUAGUAAUAAUUAGGAAAAUAAAUAAAAAUAAUAGUUAAAAGAGAAGGAUCUAUUUUAGCACAACAUAUCAUCCAGUAGUUUUUAUCUAUCGCGGGGUGCUGAACAUGCUGACAAGGAGCAGCUCCGUUGUUGUCAUGUUUAUGUCCAUUGUUUAUUAUUGGACACCUUUCUCUUGCCUUCAUGUUUAUAUUUCAUACAUGUUUUUUUUUUUUCUCUCUAGUCACAUGGCUUCUUGUGGAAGCAGCUAUAUACACAACAUUACACCAGUGACCUUCUUUUGUAUAUAGGUCAUUGAUUGGCCCAUAUUUGCUCCUAGGUCAUUGAUUACACUAUGAAGGGUAGGGUUUUUUGCGGAUACAUAUCAUUUUUGGAUGAAACAUUUAUAUCAAGAAAAAUGAGACUAGUCUCCAGUUCUUAUUCAAUUCAUUCAUGUUUUUACUGUUGUAUAUGAUAAAGAUUAGCAGUGAAUACUCACAGUUUUGACUGACAGUCAUUUUAUUUUUUUGAAAUGUGAGCAUCAUGAAGUAAUUGACUGACUUGAUUUUUACUGGUUUUCAACAGAACAUGCUUUGGCAUUUCAUAAAAAAAAGGGUUUUAUUUUUUUGAAAAAAAUAAACUUGUUGUUAGUCCAUCAACCCUAGUACAUUUAGUGUGUAUAUUGUUUUGUGGGUUGCUAUUAUCUUGUGAAAAAUGGAAAUAAAUUGCAGAAGUAAAUGCACAUUUGUAUCU